AUGUCCAGGCUGCUCAGGACAUCCGUCUUGUGCGCUCGGCCAUUAGCAUCUACCCUUAAAGCGUCUGCACGUGUAUGCUGUCGAAAAUCAGGAGUUCUCGGGCGUCUAAACGCGACUGCGUGCCCGCGCGCAUACUCAACUAUCUCUGGACCCGUACCCUGGCAACCCUCGAAUCCGCCUGAGUCUAUCCUGUUCGUCAAUAAGCUACAUACGAAACCUGUUCUAGAGGCUCUGCAUUCUUUUUUGGCACAUAUCAGGUCAACUUACUCGGAUGUACGCGUCUUCCAUCCCGACACGCCCAAUAUCGCAGAAGGCGUGGAGUUGUGGCAACCUCACAACCCCGAACACAACAUCGACCUCGUCAUUACCUUGGGUGGCGACGGAACAAUACUACAUGCGUCGUCGCUCUUCAAGGUCGGUGCUGUGCCUCCAGUGCUCAGUUUCUCGAUGGGCACCCUCGGCUUUCUUCUGCCCUUCCACGUGGACGACUUUGCUCGUGCGCUGGAGAGCGUGUUCACGGGCAAGGCGACGGUUCUGCAUCGGAUGCGCUUAAUGUGCGAGUUCUUCGACAAGCACGGAGAGAAGUAUACCGGCAGUGAUAGUAAGCAAGACUGGCAGGUCAUGAACGAAGUCGCCUUACACCGUGGUGCAAGCCCGCACUUGAACACGAUCGACGCAUUCGUCGACGGGCAACACCUAACGGAAGCAGUCUCCGAUGGUUUGAUCGUGUCCACGCCAACUGGCUCGACGGCAUACUCGCUCUCUGCAGGCGGCCCAAUCGUACAUCCUUCGCUCAGCGCCAUGGUCUUAACCCCCAUUUGCCCACGAAGUCUAUCCUUCCGACCACUAGUCUUCCCCGCCUCUUCCUCUAUCACGCUUCGGAUCGGUGAUAACUCCCGUGCGCCCGCCGGUGUAUCUAUGGACGGCCAAGUCUCGCGUGUACUUGAGCCAGGCGAUAGCGUCACAGUACGCGCCUCGGAGCAUCCCAUACCGUGCAUCAACCGAUCAUCACUCGUGACGCUACCCGCGGGUGGAGAAGGCGUACCGCCAGGAAAAGAGGAUGACUGGGUGCGCGACAUCAAUAAUCUGCUGCAGUACAACGCCACGUUCAGGAGCAAGGCGCUCACAGCGCAGAGCAGUCGUCACUAG